CAAAAUGGACCGGACUUGCAGUUCCAAGGACAAGACAUCAAACCAAGCGAGCACAUCAAGUUGUUAGGGGUCACCCUAGACAGCAAGAUGAAAUUCCAUCAGCAUGUAGCAAGGAUGACGGCUAAAGCUAUGAAGCAGUGCCUUGCUAUCAAACGACUACGGGGAGUUAGGCCCAAACAAGUCAGACAGCUGUACAAUGCGACGGUCACCCCGAUCAUGGACUACUGCGCUUCCGCAUGGUACGGACCUGAGAAGUGGGGAACAACUUCGCUGCUCCGCGAUAUGGAAAAGGCGAUAAUACUCUCGUUUAAGGCUACAGCCCUAGCAGUAGCCCAAGCCGAAGCGGGCAUUGAAACCACAGUCGACCGGCUACAAAGGAAGGUUUCUAACCAUUUGGUUAGGAGCCUCACAGUACCAAACACGAAUCCUUUAUUUGACUGCCUAACUAGGCUAUUCACCCAAGGCAAGAGUUUCCCGUCUCCGCUAGCUAUCACCGCGCGGAAGUUUGGCCCGGAUCUUGGCCUAACGGCCGAGAGCCUAAUGGAGACCGUAGAGCCAGUGCUUCAAGAACCUUGGACAGAGGGCGUCCUAGGGUGCCUAGUCAAGGGGCUAGAAGACGAGGCGGAUGUAGUCAUUCGACAACUACGGUCGAAAGCAGGCAGGGAAGAGAGAUGCACAUUCUAUACUGACGCAGCACGGAAGAGCGGCGAGAGUGGCAUUGCAGUAGUGCAAGGGAACACUGGGAAGACUAUCACCCAAAAGCGACUUCCUAGAUGGGCAGCAGGCGACUCGACGGUUGCAGAACUUAUAGCCAUCGAGGCAGCGCUAGCAUAUCAAACGAGGAGAAGGCCACGCCCGAUAAAGACGAUCAUCGCGACAGAUAGCAAGCAAGCUAUCCGACAUAUCACGGAGGGCAAGCNNCCACACGGACAAUACGUGGUACGAUACAUCCGUAAGCACAUCGAUGCUCUUCAGGCCCGGGAAGGGGCAACGGUCACCUUACAGUGGGUACCGGCCCAUAAGGGGUGGUACGGCAACGAGUGGGCAGACAAGAAGGCGAAAAAGGCACUAGAGGAGGGACGGGGAGGGGGGAAGGCCCUGCUACGCAACCCGCAGGUCCUACUAACCCCCUAG